UUGUAAAUUAAUAUAAAAGUUAUACAACACGCUAGACUAGAAAAAAAACUCUACAUAAUUAGAAAAAUUAAUAUGGCUUCAUAAAAGAUUUCCCUUGUAACGCUAACUACUAAGAAAUAGGACGAGUUCCUAGACCCAAAAAUCUCUCAAAUUUCUUCAUUGCAUGAUGCACUAACAAAAUUUACAGACAUGGCAAUCAAGAAUCAAACCUCGAAGGCUAAAUCCCUUCUUCCACUUUUCAAUAAAUGUUCCACUAUGAAAGAAGUUAAACAGCUCCAUGCCAAUGUCAUAAUAAAUGGUCUCUCUCAAAACCUCUACUUAUUAGGGAAGAUCAUAGGAUUUUGUGCAGUUUCUGCUCAUGGAUCAAUGGAUUAUGCUGUGAAAGUAUUUGCCAAAACUGAGAACCCAGAUGGAUUCCUUUGGAACACAAUGAUUAGAGGGUUAGUGAGGACAAACCAAGUUGAUGAAACCUUUAAAUAUUACAAGAAAAUGCUAGAAAAUGGUGAGAUAGCAGAUAAUUUCACCUUCUCUUUCUUGCUGAAAAUUUGUGGGCAAUUGGGUUCUGUAAAAUUAGGAAAGCAAAUGCAUUGUAGUGUUCUUAAACAUGGGCUGGAGAAUCAUGUCCACGUGAGUAACACUCUGAUUCAUAUGUAUGGUAUGUUGAGGGUAAUUCCGAUAGCUAAGGAACUGUUCGAUGAAAUGCCUGAACCAGGAAUAGUAGCUUGGAACACAAUCAUUGAUUGUCAUGUUUAUUGUGGGAAAUACAAAGAAGCGCUUGAAUUGUUCUUAAAAAUGUAUGGGAGUGGCAUAGCAUUUGAUGAGGCAACAUUGGUGGUUGUUUUAUCAGCAUGUUCUUCGUUGGGUGUUUUGGGUUUUGGUAAAUGGGUGCACUCACUUGCUGAUAAUGCUGGCUUUAGUGGGCUGGUUUUGGUUUGCAAUUCAUUGAUUGAUAUGUAUGCAAAAUGUGGAGCAGUGGAGGAAGCCUACAAGGUGUUUCACAAUAUGCUUGAGAGGAAUUUAGUAACAUGGAACACUAUGAUACUAGGGUUGGCUAUGCAUGGUCAUGCUCAUGAAGCAUUGGAGCUCUUCUCGAAAUUUUUAUAUAAGAAACUCGAAAUGCCAAAUGAUGUUACUUUCUUGGGAGUUUUGUGCGCCUGUAGUCAUGCAGGACGGGUAGAAGAGGGAAGGAGGUAUUUUCGUUGUAUGACUGAUGAGUACCAUAUCCAACCAAACAUAAAGCACUAUGGAUGCAUGGUGGACAUUCUUGGUCGAGCUGGACUAGUCGAGGAGGCUUAUCAAUUGAUAACGGGCAUGCCAAUAGAAUGCAAUGCAAUCGUAUGGAGAACACUGUUGGCUGCUUGUGGGGUGCAUGGCAACGUGGAACUAGGAGAACGGGUAAGGAGGCAUCUUCUUGAGGUGGAGCCAGAUCAUAGCAGUGACUAUGUUCUUCUUGCUAACAUGCAUGCCGGCACAGGCCAGUGGAAUUAUAUGAUGGAAGGGAGGAAAUUGAUGCAAGAUAGGGGAAUUCAGAAACAAAAGCCUGGAAACAGUUCUAUUGGGCUCCUCCAAGAUUAAAACAUCGGCCGGGAACUUAUUCCAACACC